AAUCUGUCAGGUGAAAGUUGUUUUUUGUUUACGGUUGAGGGAAAAGUUUGCAAUUUUUUCGGAAAAUUACGAAAUAAGUCACAUAAAAAUAAGAUAAACAAUUUGAAUUGCAUUUAAAGCGCUUUUAACACACGAAAUGGGUGUACAUGACGCGAUGAACUACGUUCUCUUCAAUAAUCCCAUUGCCAACAGCGUGUGGGGAUUCGUGUCGUCCGGCAAUGGUCUCAAAUCCAAAAAUGCCGCCAUCGCCCAACAAGCGGCCGCCGCUAGCACGCAAGCGGUGGCCGCCGUCACCCCACCCCUGUGGAAGCUACUCGGCUCCAGCCGACACAUCCUCCGGCUGGCGGGGCUCAGUGGCGCAGCGGCCGUAAUGCUCGGUGCGUACGGUGCCCACCAUCACUUCAACAUCGUGGACGAGAAGGAGCGCGAUCCGAAGAGCAUCUUCGAGAUGACCAACCGGUACCACUUUCUGCACUCGUUGGCCCUGCUCGCGGCCCCGCUAGCUCGGAAGCCGUACUUGACAACCAUUUUGAUGACUUCGGGGAUGGCCCUGUUUUGCGGCACCUGUUACUACAUUUCCUUCACCAACGAUCGUCGCGUCAGCAAGUUUACCCCGGUCGGCGGAUUCCUGCUGAUCUUCGGAUGGCUUUCUUUUGUGCUCUAAACAGAUCGCAUCAUGUUGUGCAGAGAAGCUUGUUUUAUUACUUGAUAACAAAAGGAAACAUAAUAUUUAAACACAGUAAAUGGAAUAGUAGCAUCGAUCAAAAAUAAAAAGAUCUCUGUGUCGUGAAAACAU